CGCCGCCGCGCGGACAACGACGGCGGAGCGCGCGAGCGAAAGUUCCCCGCCGCGCCGUUUUCAGUGUUGACGGAGCGUCCGACGCACCAUCACCACCACGACGACGGCUGCGGCGCGGUGACGGGCCAUAUUUGCAGCGGUAGUGUGCACACGGUCGUGACCGGGGCGACAUCACCACAUACCAUCAUGACCAGCCAAGGCGUCGUGGAACGUGCCAGCGCCGAACUGUCGAAGCGCAUCAACGGACUGACGCUGCGAGCGGCCAACAAACCGUCGCCGUCGGCUUCCGGCGGCGGCAGCGGCACCGCGGCCGGCGUGACCGGUUCGCCGUCCAGAGCCCCGCGAACUGGUACCAGUGUCAUGGAACGAGUCACCAACGUGCUGUGCGGCGGCGGUACCGGUGGCGGCGGUGGCCUCAUUUCUGGCGGCUCCGGUUCCGGCGGCAUCCAGUACCCGCGGUUCCGCGGCCGGACGCCAGUCCGCAACCGCGUGGCCGCGUACCGGAUCAAGCGGCCGAUCACGUGGCCAGAGUUGAUGCGCGACGAGCAGUUUCUCAACGGGUUCUUCAUGUACUUCUCGGCCGCGGAGCGCGUGCCGCUAUCCCGCGUGUGCGUCCGGUGGCGCGACGUGCUGUACAGAUCUCCAAAGUUCUGGUACAACGUGCGGCCGGUGAUUCGUUGCAAACAGCUCAGGUCGUACAACUACGCGGACAAGGCGGCGGUGUUCAAGUCGUUCGUGGCCAGGGAGAUGACGGCCAUCACCAUUUACGGCGCCCAGGACCAGGACACGGUCGAGUUCGUCAACACAUACCCGUUUCCCAACAAAAACAUAUUGGCGCUAUGCUUGCAGUCGUCCAGCGUCACCGAUAGGGGAUUGGAAUCAUUCUUGGACCAUUUGCAGGGUGUUUGGCAACUGGAGCUGGUCGGAUGCAACGAGAUCACGGAGGCCGGCCUGUGGGCAUGCUUGACGCCUAGAAUCGUGUCGCUGACCCUGAGCGAUUGCAUAAACGUGGCCGACGACGCUGUCGGCGCCGUAGCUCAGAUGCUGCCAGCCCUCAACGAGUUCACGCUGCAAGCGUACCACGUCACCGACGCCGCCUUGGGAUUCUUCUCGUCCAGGCAGUCCAACAGCCUGUCCGCGCUAAGGCUGCAUUCGUGCUGGGAGCUCACCAACCACGGCAUUGUAAAUAUUGUUCACUCACUUCCCAAUCUUACUGUACUGAGUUUAUCAGGCUGCAGUAAAAUCACUGACGACGGGAUCGAAUUGAUUGCCGAAAAUCUGCCAAAAUUACAAAUCUUAGACUUAUCUUGGUGUCCUCGUGUUACCGAUGCAGCUCUGGAAUACAUUGCUUGUGAUCUAGUUGGAUUAGAACAGUUGGUCUUGGACAGGUGCAUACACAUUACUGACAUUGGUAUAGGGUAUAUAUCAACAAUGAUAUGUUUACAAGCGUUAUUUCUACGUUGGUGUUCACAACUACGAAAUUUUAGCAUACAACACUUAUGUGGCAUGCGUCAUCUAAGGAUACUCUCACUUGCUGGUUGUCAUUUGUUAACCUCCAGUGGUUUAUCCAGUUUAAUUCAAAUGCGACAUUUAGAAGAAUUAGAACUGACAAAUUGUGCUGGUGCAUCACCAGAAUUAUUGGAAUAUUUGCAUGAGCAUUUACCAUCAUGUUUAAUCGUCAGAUAAAUAUUCAUAGAACGUAAACACGACAAUAAUGGAGAGUUGUUAAUUAUUAUUUAUUCCUUUUUUGAUUGAUUGAUUGUUUAUUUAUUUUUUACUUUUUUAAACAUCCUUGAAUUUCAAUUUCCAGUAGAUGUUUUGAGUCUGUUAUACUUAUAAUGUCCGCACACAUAUCAUACUUCCCACAAUACAUUUAUUUUUUAAUUUAAUUAUUCUAAUUUAUAAGAUUGUUGUUUUAAGCAUAAUUUUUUGUUAUUUCAACUUUUGGAAUUAAUUGAUUUUGGGUUAAAAAUUUAAAAUUACAAUAUUGUACACACCUACUAUUAAGUCAUUCUUGCCUAAAAACACUAUUGUGAUUAGGUGUUUAAGUAUAUAUUAAUGGCCAUUUCCAAACUUGACUAACUGUAAUAAACUAAUAACUAAUAAGCAUGUACGAAAUGUGCAAUAAUUAAAAAAUAUAAUAUUUAAUUUAACGUUUUUUAGUAAACCAUUAACUUUAAGUCUAUGUCAAGGAAAAAUAAAUUGGCUGAUCAUAGAAAAAAAAUAUAAUAAAAUUAUGGUAUUAUUAUCAUAAGACAAUAUCAUAAAGCAUUUACGAGUUUGUAGUUUAUAAAAAAAAAAAAUAGUUUAUAAAUAUGAACCAAAUAUAGAUAAAAAAAGUAUUAGCCUUCAGACUACUAUACAAUACAUUUUGUCUAGGUUAUAAUGAUUUGGCACUAAUAUUUAAGAUGUAGGUGCGUGUGAUAAUUAUUUAAAUUGUGAAAUAAUGAAAAACUGUAUACUUAGAUAAUACAGAUUUCAACGCUUAAAUUUUGAAUAUAAUUUAUAAUGUGUAAUAAUAAUUAAUUAACUUACCAGCCCAAUAACCAUUUAUAAACUAAAAUAACUAAUACAAUAUAAUAUAACCUAUAUAUGUAUUAAUACAUAAUUAUUAAUUAAAUUAUAAAUGUGCAAUUAGAAUUAACGAUUUACCAAAGUUGUAAAUAUGUUUAUCUUUAAGUUGAUAUUUGAUAAUGAAGAAUUUUAGCAAAACAAAAUUUAUUAUAUAAUGGUUGAAGAUGAAAAAAAAUGUUUUUAACAGACUCGCUAUACAUGUAAAAUAUCCAAUAUCUAUUAUUUCUUCGUUUAUUUAUUUGUAAUGUUUAAGAAAUAAACAAUAGGUAUAUUUAUUGAAUAUUCAACGUUAAAAGACUAUAAGAUAAAAAAAAGUAUAACAAAUAACAAUAAAGUUCCUGGUGGAUUCAAUAUGUAUAAUCAUAUAGAGAAAAAUAAAAAUGUCUAUUCGAUUCGUUAUCGUAAAUUGUAAAAUGUCAGUCAUGUAUACAUCAAGUUAGGUUUAGUUUUGAUUAUUCGCGUUUUAAAUUUUACACGUGUUAUGAAUAUUACUAAAUUUAUUUAAAGCUAUUCGUUUUGGUUAAUUACUUACACAAUGAUUUGUAUACUUUAAAUGUGUAUUUUAAAAAGUUAAAAAUGAAGACUAUUUUUCUUUAUGAAAUAUAUAUUUUUAGAUAUAUCUAAACUGUUCUAACCACCUUCGAAGAUCAGUUAUGUACAUAAUGAAAGACUGAUAAUGCCUUUUUAAUAGGUAACCUAGUAUUAAAAAUACAUUAAACAAUUGUCAUGACAAUGCAAAAAUAAAAAAUGUAAUCUGUGUGCGACAUAUAAAAUGUUAUAUUUUGAAAAUUUUCCCCAAAUUUAGUGUUUAGAAAGAUUUUUUUUUGUGAUUAGUUAUUAUAUAGUGUUGUGAAUAUUAUUUAUAAUGAUACUAAAAUAGUAUAUAAAAAAAAAAUACAAAUAUAAUUAUAUCUGUUUAAGUAAUUUAGAGAAAACUGUUGGUUGUACAUUUAAAAAUAAUAAAAGACUUGAAAAAUUG